UUUCAGUUAUUUUCCAUCUAUUUGUGCCUGUUUAUUAUUGGAGCUAUAACUGCAGCACCUGUAGAGGAGAAAAAAGAUGCUGAGGAGGGUGAUCUCUCCACUGCCGAUUCCAUUGGUUACGGAUAUUAUGCCGCUCCAUCUCCUGUUUAUUACGGCGGUUAUGGUGGAGGCUAUAAAUACGGCGGUUACUCCGGAUAUGGUGGCUACGGUGGAUAUCGCAGUUAUGGAGGCGGUUUCUACCGCCCUCGCAUUUACCCUGUGUGGGGUUAAAUAAAACACCAUUACCUUUCCAAACAUACGUUCCUAUACACGAAAUCCUAUGUAAUCGCACUAGUAACCAAAGAAAUUAUACAAGCCCCCCUUAAAAAUGAACCCUUUCACUGUCUUGCAACCAUUACGAUGACGUCAUUGGAGUUUUUGACCCCAGACCACAAUUAACACCGGCUUUAUUGCAAUAAAAAAACAAAACACUUUAUGUACGAGUA